AUGUCCGACCUCAAGAUAGUAAUUCCCAAAUGCGGAAAACUCGAGCCUGGCUUCAACAUUCACAGAUUCACGUCUGACUUACUGAACGCGAAUAGCUCACGACGGCCUCCUCCAACCCGUCAAGAGGUAAAUUUUCACUGGGCGGGCCGAGUCAUGCAAGCCUAUCCUAGCAGUGAUGACCCUAUGCGCAUUCUUCUGCUCGAGCAGAUGUCCUGUCCGCUGGUCGAAAAACUCUGGGAAAAGCGGGCAGACGAGGAGGCCUUUAGGCUGAAGCGGGCGAAGCAGAUGGAAUCUGGAUUUCAUCAUAUCGACCGUAACCUCACGAAUCAUGAGCGCAAAGAGCACCCGUUCGCCGUCAUACUGACACAUGCCGUCCACGGGGACGUUAUUGUGCCUGACAUUGUGCUUCGACCCCUGCACAGGGUCUCAUUUCUUGACCUAGUGCGCAAGAUCUUGGCCGCAAAUCCCACCAAGACUCUUGACCUUUUUGUGUUAUACGAUCUGUGGGAUGCAAUUCUCACGAAAGUAUACGACUACGAGUAUGAUUGGCGGGAAGACAAGAAGCAUGAGGGCAGGACUGCGAGCUACCAUGAAUACAUCGACAUUGUUUCAGAUACUGCGCAAUCGAAAAAGCGCAAGCAUUCGCAGGUCGAGGAAGACUCAGAUGAUUCAGACGCUCCAUUGGCCAAGACAAAGCAAGCCAAAUCAUCAGCAAAAGCUGCCAAAGCUCCAGAAACUUCAGGCAGCUCAAAUGCUACAUCAUCGACGACAAAGGCCAAGAAACCAGCAAAGACCCCCAAAGCUGGAAAAGGUUCAGGUAGCCUGGAUGUGCCGUCCUCGACGACAGAGGUCUACAUACCAACGAUAGUCUCCCAAGCCGAGGGAUCAGGUCGGAGAACGGCUGGCAUUGCGCCUGCGGCAUCCGCCAACCGGGCUCCCGUCAGGGACACAGCUCCUAGACCCAACACCGUCCCCUUACAGUCGAUACUCGGACCGAGCACGCGAGUGAGUACCUCAGCUACCCCGAUACCGCCUCCUACGCGACCAGCGAAUGCGGCGCCGGCAAGAGCUCCUACGACGGGCUCCGGUUCCGCACAGUCCUCCUCCCGUCAUGCAGCCCGGCCUCCUACCACCCCUCAAGCCUCCGACAGGUACCAGUUGAGCAGUCAUGAAGCGGGGUUGCUCAGCAGGGGAAUUUCUCCUUGGCCAUAUGAUCCGAGAACAGGCGAAAAGACGGGAAGUACCGCCGAGUACGGGUUGAGCGAUCGCGAUUAUAGGCUGCAGAGGAACGGGAUACCUCCUUGGCCGUACGAUCCGAGAACGGGCGCAAAACAUAAGUUUACGACCGGUUACAGGAACAUGCCCGGUUGA